CCGAUGCGCACGCGCGCUGCCCGGGCCCGAACGCGGCCAUGAAGAGGCGGAGAGGGGGCCAGUGUUUUCCCGGCGCGGGUUAGAGCUCCGAGUGGACACUGAGUCGAGAAGGCGCCGCUCGGCAAUGGCGACCACAGCUCCUGGCUGGGGGGUAUGGCCGAUCCUGUGGCGGGCCCUUGUGCUGCUCUGGAGCUGCGGCGGUGGCGGCGGCUUGUGUCGGGGUGGCCCCGGGGUCAACGUUUACCUGAGCGUGGAGGAGAUGCGGAGGCUGAUCGCACCUCUUCCACUGAAAUCUUCAAAACCCCACACGUCAGGAAAUGAUUGCUCCGGCAGUAAUCAUUUGAUUUCUGGGGAUUGUCUUGAUGCUGAGCUAUAUUAUGUACGGAAUGAUGUUGUCAGUCAUUACGCACUCCCUUUCAAAUUACUUGUACCGGGUGAGACCAACAGCCUUCAUUUUACUUGGCACGCCAAAUCCAAGGUUGAAUAUAAAUUGGGAUUUCAGGUGGACAAUCCAGCAGCUAUGGACAUGCCUCAAGCCAACAUCUCUGCACAAGGGGAGGUUCCACGCACAGUAUCAGUAUUUAGAGUGGACCUCUUAUGCACAGGAAAACUUGAUUCGGAGGUGACCAUGGAAGUGCAGCUUAACCUGACAAUUAACUCUUCAAAGAACAUCACAGUCCUGAACUUCAAAAGGAGGAAAAUCUGCUACAAAAAACCAGAACAGGAAGAAAAAUCUCUGAUUUACCCAGGCAAAAAUAACAGCAAAGAUGGAAGAACUGCAUUUGAUGCUGUACACACAGCACCCACUACCUCCACCCGUGUGUUCUACAUCAGCGUUGGAGUUUGCUGUGCAGUCAUAUUCUUGGUGGCAAUAAUACUGGCCGUUCUGCACCUGCACAGCAUGAAAAGAGUGGAACUCGAUGAUAGUAUGAGUGAGAGUGGAAGCUCUCAGGGCCUGUCGCAACCCUCUACACAGACCACACAGUACUUGAGAGCUGAUACACCCAACAAUGCAACGCCUGUCACUAGAAGUGAUCUGAAGGAACUUCCUAGGUGCAACCCUGAAGAAGAAAGGCAAAAUGGUGUCACCCAAGCUUCCAAAACGCCAGGUUAUCCAACACUGCGGAUAGAAAAGAAUGACCUCAAAAGUGUUACACUGGCGGAGGCAAAGGCCAGAGUAAAGGACAUUGCAAUUUCCAGAGAGAGGGUCACUUUCAAAGAUGUUCUUCAGGAAGGUACUUUUGGUCGUAUCUUUCAUGGGAUUUUAGUUGAUGAAAAAGACCCAAGUAAAGAGAAGUAUGUUUUCGCUAAAACAGUAAAAGAUCAUGCCUCAGAGGUACAAGUGACUAUGAUGUUGACAGAGAGCUGCAAGCUGCGUGGACUCCAUCACAGAAACCUGCUUCCCAUCAAUCAUGUUUGCAUAGAGGAUGGGGAGAGGCCUAUGGUACUGCUGCCGUACAUGAAUUGGGGAAAUCUGAAACUCUUCCUUCGACAGUGCAAGCUUGCUGAGGCCAACAAUCCCCAGGCAAUAUCCCAGCAGGACCUUGUACAUAUGGCCAUUCAGAUCGCCUGUGGGAUGAGUUACCUGGCCAGGAGAGAAGUUAUUCAUAAAGACCUGGCGACAAGAAAUUGUGUAAUUGAUGAUAGCCUUCAGGUAAAGAUUACAGACAAUGCUCUCUCCAGGGAUCUCUUCCCUAUGGACUACCACUGCUUGGGGGACAACGAAAAUAGACCUGUUCGGUGGAUGGCACUUGAAAGCCUCGUCAACAAUGAAUUUUCCAGUGCGAGUGAUGUGUGGGCAUUUGGAGUUACAUUGUGGGAGCUGAUGACUCUGGGACAGACUCCAUACGUUGACAUCGAUCCUUUUGAGAUGGCUGCUUACCUUAAAGAUGGAUACAGAAUAGCCCAGCCAAUCAAUUGUCCAGAUGAACUGUUUGCAGUGAUGGCCUGCUGUUGGGCCUUGGACCGUGAUGAGAGACCAAAGUUCCAGCAGCUAGUGCAGUGUCUGACUGAAUUUCAUGCUGCCUUAGGGGCCUAUGUCUGAAUCAAGGCUUUUGUCACACCUGAAAUCUUCAAUACUAAGAGCAGAAUUAAUAAUAGAAAUUAAGAAAAUCAGGGGAAGUAUUUCUUCUGAAGCAGAGUGCCUUGAAAUGCUUUCAUAGUUUUGUUUUGUAAAAUAUCUUGAUAAUGUGAGUUUUGGUAUUUUAUAACACAGCAUCAUGUUUACCUAAAUGAGUAAGACUUUUAGUAAGCUCCGUUUCUGGGUGAGGUUCCUGGAGCAGCCAAAUUUAAUAGACUGAAAAGUGCCAAUGUCAGUUGGACUUUGCACUCCAUUUCUUAGCUCCUGUUGCCUGUAUUUAAGGUAAUUGGGAGCCAGAUUUUUAAAAUUUUUGUGAAACAUAUUUUGACAAGUUUUUUGAAUGGCUGCUGCUGCUUACUUACAUGACAGAGCAAUUCCCCAAAUGGUUCACUGCUUCAGAAUCACAGAAUUGUUACAGUGCAGGAGGAGGCCAUUUGGCCCAUCAUGUCUGCACCAGCUCUCUGAAUGAGCCAUUCACUUAGUGCCAUUGGGUCGCCUUCUCCCCAAAACUCUGCACAUCUUCCUCUUCAAAUAACUGUCUAAUUCCCUUUUGAAUGCCUCGAUUGAACCUGCCUCCACCAAACAGGCAAUGCAUUCCAGAGCUUAACCACUUCAGCAAAGCUUUGGUUCAUUUUCAGCAGUAAUCAGAAUCAAAAGAUUCAUUCCCAUGUCUUGUGUAAUUCUUAAACCUCCAUGCACUUCAAAGUCUGUUUCCCAUCAUGUAGCAAACAGAGUUGGACCAGAGAAGGUAGUUGCUUGGUAACUACACAUACAGCUUUUCACUCGUCUCAAAAUGCGGUACGUUGGGUGUAUUUUGAAUUUUAGCACUUCCUGCCAUAGUAAAGUCUAGUCAGUUACAAAGUGUCAAUCCACUGAUAUACUUCACCUUUGACCUUCACUAUGGAAGCUUUCUGUUCUCCGGUACGAGGUGGUUGGGAUAACUAGGUUAAAGGCCUUUUUUGUAAAUCCAAACCUUGUAUAUAUUUUUGAACAACUCAAUUGUCUGCUAUUUUUAGUUGUCAACCUAUGUUCAUCUUUGUAUGAUGUACAUCUUUGUAAAAUGCAGAGGAUAUGAUUAAUAAAGCUGAGAAAUCUUUCUGAA